AUGUCACGCUUUAUGGUUGUCACAGCUUGUUUCGAUCGAUUUGCACUUUGUUCAACAAGUGCUCGUCUUCGUCAAUUCUCUCGUGUAGAAAUUGCUCGUCGAUAUAUGAUUCCUGCUAUUAUCAUUAUCUGGCUUAUUGCACCUAUUUAUAUGUUAAUUUUUGAUACUGUAGUCAAUAAUAGUUGUACGUAUAUAGGUGCUGUCGCACUUUUUAAUAGUAUUUAUGGUAUUACAUUAGUUGGUUUUACUCCACCUUGUUUAAUGUUUAUUUUCUCUCUAUUAACAUUUCGUAAUCUAAAAACAAAACAACAACGACAACAAGUCUUUUUAUCAACUCUAGUUAACACUCAAGUUACAACAGUUGAAAGUCGAAAACAAAGAAGAAAAAAUCAACAAGUUUUGGGUAUGUUAAUGAUAGAAGUUGUUGUUUAUAUUUGUACAACUACUAUUGCCAGUAGCAAUCUACUCUAUUCAACCCUCACUACAUAUAUUGGCAUAAGUAAAUCCGAUGAACGAAUAUCGAUUGAAUCGUUUAUUUCAUUUAGUACGAAUUUAUUGAAUUAUACUUGUCCAUGUUUAUCAUUUUAUUUAUUUUGCUUUGUUUCACAUCUCUAUCGAAAACAAAUGGUAUUAUCUCUAGUAAACAUUCGCAGACAAUUUUCUGCUCUAUACACAAGAAAUAAUAACAAUACCAAUAGUGAUGAACAUAUUUCCAUACGUCAAAUGACUGCAAAAGUUAAACCUAUUAAACAACCGACGAUGGCACCAGUUCCUAUUAUUCAGUAG